AUCGAACCACAUUUCAAGUUUAACCAUGUCGCUACGUUUGGGUUUGUGUCUUUUGGCUGCACUUGGUGUGGUAAUCCCCACGGAUUCCGCCUCCAUAAGCACCCACAUUGUGGGUGGCGAUCAGGCGGACAUCGCUGACUAUCCGUACCAGGUGUCCGUUCGCCUGGAGACCUACAUGCUGCUCCACAUCUGCGGUGGUAGCAUCUAUGCACCGCGGGUCGUCAUCACCGCCGCCCACUGCAUCAAGGGACGCUAUGCCUCGUACAUCCGGAUCGUGGCUGGUCAGAACUCGAUUGCCGAUCUGGAGGAGCAGGGCGUUAAGGUCAGCAAGCUGAUCCCCCAUGCCGGCUACAAUAAGAAAACGUAUGUGAAUGAUAUCGGUUUGAUCAUCACUCGCGAGCCAUUGGAGUACUCCGCCCUGGUGCAACCCAUUGCUGUGGCCCUGGAGGCUCCGCCGUCGGGUGCCCAGGCCGUUGUAAGUGGUUGGGGCAAGCGGACCGAAGAGGAUGAAGCUCUGCCCGCCAUGCUGCGCGCCGUUGAGCUGCAGAUCGUCGAGAAGAGCACCUGCGGUGCCCAGUAUCUGACCAAGGACUACACGGUGACCGAUGAGAUGCUCUGUGCCGGCUAUCUGGAGGGCGGCAAGGACACCUGCAACGGCGAUUCCGGUGGACCCUUGGCCGUGGACGGAGUCCUGGUGGGUGUGGUGUCCUGGGGCGUGGGCUGCGGCAGGGAAGGAUUCCCGGGUGUCUACACCAGCGUCAAUUCCCAUAUCGAUUGGAUCGAGGAGCAGGCGGAGGCGUAUCUCUAAAAAUGUGUAUAGCUUCACAAGCCCAACGCGAACAAAUUAAUCGAACAAAUUAUUAUUUUACCACAAUAAUAAAUAUCAAAUGAGCAUUUAGAAAACAUAGUUUAUAAAAUAUUUACAAAUUAAUAUACGGCGUUUAACUCUUCAUUUCAACUGGUUUUUCUAAUCAAAAACAUUUUUUAUCUGACCAUUACAUUGGAAUCUAUAAGCCAUUCUAGAUGAUUUAUUUAAAAAUAAAAUUAUUAUCUAAUUGCCAUAGGUAAAGGUAGUUUAUCUUGAGGCAGGGAAAACGUACAACUAACCAUACAUUUUAUACUUUACGAAGUCGUUUGAUUGCAUCAUUUUAGAAUAACUCAAUGCAGAAAUUAAGAUUUUGAAAUAUAAGUAAGUGUGGCUUGAAGUAUCAUUAUUAUUUAUUUGUGACAUAUAUUUGACUUGAUCCAAUUAAAUAUCCAGAAUAUUAAUCUAGUAUGUACUUUGGUGGUAGACGUCGCUGGUAUUUAAGCCAGUAAGAUUCGGCCACACUGACAAAGAAAAUAUUCGUGAAAAUUCUGCAUACGGAAAGAAGAAAAUUCGAGCAACAGAAAGCCAGCACAAGCCACAAAAAUGUCUUUAUUCGGAGCGUUGAUGGGCGAUUUCGACGACGAUCUCGGCCUUAUGAA